ACAUGUGGCAGAGAGACAGCUCUGAGCAGUUGCUGAGUACAGCACACGUGGCACGUGGCCACUUACACGUGGUAACUUUUAUUUUUAACUCAACUAACUAAACCGGCUACCCCUUCUUUAACGUUACACAAUCUUUUAUCUCCCCUUUUCUCCUCGUCGUCUUCUUCAAUCUCCCGUCGCCAAAAGAAAACAAUAAAAAUUAAUCGGACGCACAGAAAUUCUAGGGUUUUCUGUUUCUUUUAAAAUUUUAAAAUUGUAGUAAUGGAAGGUGUUAGUAAUGGAGGGAUGUUGUACCACGAGGUACAAGAGGCGAAGCUAUGUGCAGUACACUGCGUGAACACAGUAUUGCAGGGUCCUUUCUUUUCUGAAUUCGAUUUGGCGGCGUUGGCUUCCGAUCUUGAUUGUAAAGAGCGUCAGAUGAUGAUGCAAACUUCCCUCGGUAAUACUUCCGCCGGCGAUUUCCUCUCCGCUGAAUCUCAUAAUGUUUCUUUAGGCGGCGACUUUAGCAUCCAGGUUCUAGAAAAGGCUUUAGAUGUGUGGGAUUUGCAAGUCAUUCCUCUUAACAGUCCAGUUGCAGAGCCUGCACAGAUCGACCCUGAUCAGGAGAAUGCGUUUAUAUGUCAUUUGCAUGAUCAUUGGUUCUGUAUAAGGAAAGUUAAUGGGGAAUGGUAUAACUUCGACAGUCUCUAUGCUGCGCCAGAACACCUGUCUAAGUUCUAUCUGGCAGCUUAUCUUGAUUCUUUGAAAAGCUCUGGCUGGAGCAUUUUCCUGGUGAGAGGAAAUUUCCCGAAAGAGAGUUUGAUUACUUCAUCAGAAGCAUCUAGUGGAUAUGGGCAGUGGCUUUCUCCUGAAGAUGCCCAGAGGAUCACAAAAUCUUGCUCUCAGAAGUCCAAUCCCACUCGGCAGCUGUCAGACCCUGCUGAAGAUGUACUUGCGGCAUUUGAAGACGAGGACUUGAAAGCUGCAAUAGCAGCAAGCUUGAUGGAUUCUUCCCAGUCGACCACGGCGAGUGUUGUUGAAGCUGUUGAAGCUGGCAGUAGUAGUACCCAAACUGAUUCCAAAGAAAAGGAAGAGAAAAUUGCACAAUAAGAAUGCUAUUUUGUGACACUAAUUAAUCACUGUCCACUAGGAAGUUGACAGAUCGGUAUAUACAUUCUUUGUACGUUUUUGAUCUUACAUUUACAUCAAAUUAAUUAGAAACACAAAGAAAAAGCUAUGUAAGAAACUUGGAAGGUUCUUGGGUUCAUUGCUCUUUUCUAA